UUCCUACACAUGUUCCUGGGCCGCUGUGCUGCUUUUAUUCCAAACCAUCACCACCAUCAUCCGGAGAGAGCCAUCUGAUGUGACCAACACGGGCGUAUUUAGAGGAAAGGAGGAGGCUGCGACACCAGGACUCAUGUUGGACUGAAAGCAGCAGGCUACAGGGCCAGUUAUGGCUCAUGUAAAGAGGCCAGGAACCAGUUCUAAAGCUCCCAGCCCCUCACUAUAUCCUGCUAGAGCAGGAUCAACCAGUCAGGAGACCAACCAAGGUUUGGAGAGGGAGGAGUCAGAAUCUCUUCAAUAUACUUCAAAGGAUGUCCAAAAUGAUCAGCUGACUGUCCCACAACACCAUUAUACACCCCAUGUCCCUGGUCCUGUAGACAUGGAGGACACUGGGUCUGAAUAUGACAAUGUGGGUUCAGAUGUGGAGCAAGACUACGAUGAGGUCCUGCACUUACCAAGAGAGGGCGCUGUGGACAUGAGGUACUACAGGCAGUACUGUCCCGAGGAGGCUGGCUAUUUAAAGCAUCAUGCAGUGACUGAGAAUAUUAAUGAGAACAGUGGUGCAGCAAGAGUGGUCCAAGAUACACAGGUAUAUCAGCCUUCACAAGCAGAAACCAAGCCUGGCAAAGAAAGAUUAAUACAGGCCAGCCACAAUUUACAGGCUGCUGCUGCAAAAUGCAAUGUGGUAAAGGGCCAGGAAAAUAGUUAUUUUUUCACAGAUGGAGAUGACAUAGAAGAAGUUCUAGUUGGUGUAAAAUUUGUAGAAGACUUGGAAGAGCAUGAACAAAACCAUCCUCAAAUGGGGGAGGUGAGUGUAUAUGAAUGUUCUAGAAAUGAAAAGGUGGUUGAAAUAGACAGAGUAGCAAGAAACCAGAAAAAUCCAGAAUUCACAAAGAGGUCUGAUCACAUAAAGGAUAGACCAGGUAAAGGGCGAGGUAGGAGAGGUACAGCACAGUGUAUGGAAAAUAGUGUAGCAAAAGCAGGUAGCACAAAUGGAACAGAUCAACACCCAAGAAUGGACCAUAAGCGGACGAAAGCCAAACCGAGCUCCAGUAAUAAGCAAAAGCCUCCUCCACCCCCUCGGCAUCCCCAUCCCCCGCCACCCGCCACUGUUGCCCAGAGAAGAGAGAUUCCCUCCAGCAGAGAGGCCCCACAGCUUCCUGGUCAGGACAGUCCUCUCCAGGCUGCCACAUCUGUCCCAAACCCUCCCCAAAACAUUGUAGAAUACAGCAUAGAUCUGGAGGAAAAGCCGAAUGGACCAGAGCCAUCACAGCAGAUUCAGGAUGAAGAAACAAGCACAGUUGCGAAGCUAAAGCAUUCACUGGAGCAGCCAAGAAGGCCUCAGAGUCCACAGCCUCCUCCACCUGAGGAGAAUGGCAGUCCAAAAAUAACACAAGAAGCACCUUCAUUUCCUUGCUUUGAAGAUGUGUAUUUUGUUUUGUUCACACGCGUAGUCCCGGGUCCCUGUGAACCAGAGGACCUCAUUGAUGGGAUCAUCUUUGCUGCUAACUACCUGGGCUGCACCCAAGUCCUGUCAGACAAAAACCCAACCAAGUCAGUGCGGAUGUCCCAAGCCCAGGAAGCUGUCAAUCACAUAAAGAGUCAGGAUGAGGACUCCCAGAUGACAACAGAAGUGGAUUUAUUUAUUUCUACUAAAGCAGUUAAAGUGUUAAAUGCUGACACACAGGAGACAAUGAUGGACAGUGCCUUGCGUACCAUUUCAUACAUAGCUGACAUUGGUAAUAUUGUCGUGAUAAUGGCCCGAACUCCAAUGUCCCAGUCUUUGUCAGAGGAGCUGUCAGAAUGUCCUGUUCCUGCAAAAGAAGGCAAAAAUCAGUACAGGAUGAUCUGCUAUGUAUUUGAAUCUGAGGAUGCACAACUCAUUGCACAGUCCAUUGGCCAGGCUUUCAGUGUGGCCUAUAGAGAGUUCCUGCGAGCCAACGGCAUCAACCCAACAGACCUGAGCCAGAAACAAUACAGUGACAUCAUCAACUCCCAAGAGAUGUACCAUGACGACCUUGUCCAUUUCUCAAACUCUGACAACUGUAAAGAGUUGUACAUUGAAAAGCAGAAAGGGGAGAUCCUUGGUGUGGUGAUUGUAGAGUCUGGGUGGGGCUCUAUUUUGCCUACUGUGAUCUUGGCUGGGAUGUUGAACAACGGCCCUGCAGCACGCUCUGGGAAACUCAGUGUUGGUGACCAGAUCAUGUCCAUCAAUGACACCAGUCUGGUUGGGCUGCCACUCGCCACCUGCCAGGGCAUCAUCAAGGGUCUGAAAAACCAUGUAAAAGUAAAACUGAGCAUUGUGAGCUGCCCUCCGGUCACCACUGUCCUUAUCAAGAGACCUGACCUGAAGUUUCAACUUGGCUUUAGUGUUCAAAAUGGCAUUAUCUGCAGCCUGAUGAGGGGUGGUAUUGCAGAGAGAGGCGGCGUUCGUGUUGGCCACAGAAUCAUAGAAAUAAAUGGUCAGAGUGUUGUUGCCAUGGCACAUGAGAAGAUCGUUCAAACCUUGUCUGUCUCAGUGGGUGAGAUCAAUAUGAAGACAAUGCCUGCGGUGAUGUUCAGACUGCUGACGGGACAGGAGACACCCAUCUACAUUUAGGGACAUAUCCCGCUCAUUACAGAAGAUUAAUGAGGAACAGGUGACUCAGUGGGACAUGAUAAAUUUAUUAUGGUAUUAUUUUAUUUUCAGCCUCUUGCUCCAAUGCUGUAAGAACAUUCAGUUCUCAUUUCAGGUUUUACCUUGAAUCACCUUGUCAUAAUGGCCUUAUAAUGUGAAUACUGGUAAUUAAUACUCUGUGUGCAGUGUAAUUGUGACAUUCAGUGCUGAAGAGAAGUAGCUUUAAGGUCAUGAUUAUUUUCUUAUGAAGAGAUAAAUAAUAAGUACAUUUAUUUUUAUUUAGUCAUUUUUAUAAUGUGUAUGCAGUCAAAAUGUAAAUGUUAUGUAAAUAAUUUGAGUUACUCAAGGACUUGGAAGGCCAUAUAACUUAAAACAGUAUAUGCAUGUUGUUAUUGCCGACCAGGGAUUUGCCAACAUCCAUGUUACAUUAUAAUCUAUUAUGAUAAACAAAUGGUACAAAAAUAACAUAGGGGCGUGGUUUGGGUGAAACUGAAGGCCAAAGACCCAUUUACACUCCAAGACUUGCAGUAUUAGACCAAUAACCUUUACCAGAGCAAACACGAAUGUACAUUACUGAAUGAAUGUAAUGUCCAAAUAAAUCAAGAAUACAGACUCACUGUU